AUGUCGGAUGAACGACAAGAUCAAGUUGUCUUCGAAAAUAUCGCUGACCAAUAUGUUAAAGGUGAAGAUGUGACCGUUCACUUUACUAUUUUAAAUACUGCGAAAAUCAAUGCAACUGAUGAUUUUAUCGGUCUCUUACGCGUUGGUUGCACGAACAUUCAAGAUUGCUUGGCCUAUGCGCCGAUCCAGCUAACAACUUCAUCGGAAUCGACCUGUCAAGGCACAGCAGUAUUUGCUUCCUCAUCAUUACCAGCAACCGAUGAUGAAUUCUAUCAAUUUUGCUAUCUUCGAAACAAGCGAAAAUAUUUUGGCUCAUCAGUUCCAUUUCAAUUGAAUUGCUCCAUUGAUGAUGUGGAUAUCUUAUGCAGUACAUUACUUGAAAAAACAUCAAUGAAAUCGACCAACGACAGUUUAAUUGCUUUAGCUGAUCACGAUAACGAUGAUUUAGUUGUUAUUCAUACGAAGAGUAUGCUGGUGGAAGAAAAAUUACGUCAAGAAAAUCGAUAUCUAUUAGACACAAACCGCCGUUUAGAACAGCAAAAAGAUGAAUGGAAAGCGAAGGUUGAAGCUUUAACAUUCAAAACCAAUGAAUAUAUGACUAAAGUUAACGGUGAUAUGCAAACUCUGGCUUCGACUCAUAAAGCAACUAUCAAUGAAUUAGCAGCUCGUAAACAACUUGAAGAGAAGCUACGCACUGAACACGAUACUUGUCUCGUUCUCUGUAAUCAAUACAAAGAUGAAUCAAUACAAUUCGCUGAACGUUGCCGUACACUUGAAGAAGCUAAUGAUGAAUUGGCAAAGGAUAUUGCUCGAUUGCAAUCGCAAGCAUUAGCAACCGUUCAAGUAAAGAAUGAGCAAUUGGCGAAAAUCAAUGAUUUAGAAAAGCGUUUGGCCAAAUCAACUGAUUUGGUGAAAACAGCGAAUCAAUAUCAAUUACAAUUAGAACAGCAAUUGCGUGAUUUACAUUUAACCAGCGAAAAAUACCAGAAAUCCAUCCAAGGACAAAUCGAAGCUUAUAAUAAACAAUCCGCCCAACAAGAAAAUCAAAUUCAUGCUUUAGAAUCCGCCAACAGUCUAUUAAAGGACGAACUGCAAUCGGUUAAAGCUGAUAAUACAUUCUUGUUGGCUAUGGCAAAAGAAGAUAAGCAAUUAAUCAAAGAGUUACAAGAACAAAUUGAUCUUAUCAACCAAGAAAACCGAGGAGUACUCAAACAAAAACAGACUGACUUGGAAGCACUUCGAAAAGAAUUGGAAAACUCGCGUGGCGACUCCAAUGAUUUCGCUCUUUUGAAAAACUCCUUCAGUGAAAUCGAAAAACGUUGUGUCAAACAUCAAAAGAGUGAAAUCGAAGUGAAAAAGCAACUAACUGUUUACAAAGAGCAAAUCGUUGAAUUACAAGACAAAAACCAAGAAUUAACUGAACGAUUAUUAACCGGUGCUGACGAAUAUAAAACUCUCUAUCGUAAAUACGCAGCCCUUGAACGUAUGGUGACAAAAGUCAAUAGUCAUUCAUCGAUUGUACCAAAAUCGAAUCCGACCACGUUGUCAAACGAAACUGGCCUUAAUGAAGAAGCGUUAGUCACCCUUCUUCGUAAUUCCUAUGAACUUCAACAACAACAAACUCAAGAUGAAAGCGAAGAAGUCGAUGAUGAAGAACAAGACGACGAUCACGAAGGAGAAUCACAAUCUGUUACAACAGCGACGACGACAGAAACAACCAACGACGAAAUUCGCGAAUGUCCGAUGUGUUACUGGGAAUUUCCACAGAAGUUAACCAUCGAAAACAAAAAAGAUCAUAUUGAAAAACAUUUUUCAUAG